UACCCAGUCGACCAAUGAACGACCUCCUAGACGCGACGCGGCACGGACGCGUUCAUUCGCAGCAGAUGGGUUUGACUCCGUGUUUAAUGCGGUUUGGUGAAGAUGCCUCAUUAUUUCAGCAGUCUCAGAAGUGAAACAUUGUCUGCAAGUCUUGUUUGGAGAAACUGAAAAAGAAGUUCGACGACACUGAGAGAAAAGAAUAAAAAAAAAAUUAAAAUAAAAGUUCUCUAAAGCAAAAGAUAUUUGCAUUUUUGCAUCCAUGGAUCCAGGUUACUUUAACUAUAUCCAGUGAUGUUGGUCUGCUAAACUAAAACACAUUUUAGUUUUCCUGCAAGCAACGCUGUGAAAAGCCAGUGGAAAUGUCCCAUGCAUCUAAGACCCCAGAAAGCCUCGUUACGUCGCAGGUCGAUCACCUCUCCAGUCUGAAGGCUUUGACUGAGAAGCUGAAGCUGGAGACCAGAAAGCCGUCUUACCUGGACUGGAGAGCGCAGCUGGAGGCGAUGCUUGUCCAGAGCCACAGAGACUCAGAUCUGCCAGCGGCCGCCGGUGACACAGAGAAACAGACAACAUCAGGACCUGUUAGUGUGCUCCAUGAAGGGAGGAAGGCGUUAGGAAACACACUGGGAUUUGGAAGUAUAGACCAAGCACUGGAGUGGCUCAGGAACGAGCUGGCAGAGAUGCGUUUGCAGGAUCAGCAGCUCGCGCAUCAGCUAAUGAACCUGCGCACUGACAUCAACAGCCUGAGAAUCGUGCAGACAUGUCACCAGCACCGCAAGAUGCUGAACGAUGCCACGUUUGAGCUGGAGGAGCGGGACGAUAUGUCUGACCUGUGUGAUGUCCCCAUGUCUCCUGGAUUAGGUCUCUCAGAGUCACUCAAGGUCAUCGGGGUCACCAAGAUGAACAUCAACUCUCGCCGGUUCUCCCUGUGCUAACACAGCACACAGAUUUAUCUUACACGAAUGAUUGUGAGUGCUUUUAUAGAUGAUCAAAUAUUAAAGGAUAAAGGUAUUUUUUAAAA